GUUCUUGCAACUGACAAAGGGACCUGAAGGACAUUGCUGAUGACUUCUGAGACUCCAAUAGGAACAUCAGAGAGGUGCCUCAGAUGCUUUUUGAGGUCCUCAGUCUUCUUCAUGAAGCCUCAAGGGUAUACAAAAACGGUCUUGCUAUGUUGCCCAGGCUGAUCCGGAACUCCCAACCUCAAGCGAUCCUCCCACCUUGGCCUCUCAAAGUAUUGGGCUGAACCACUGCAUCUGACCUAUGUUAUUUUCUGGUUUAGAGCAUAUACUAUAUCCUGGAGGACAUCGCCUAGGCCUCACAAGUGGUAGUCGCUCUUCUAAAACUUUUAAACCAAAGAAGAACAUUCCAGAGGGUUCUCACCAGUAUGAGCUCUUAAAACAUGCAGAAGCCACACUUGGCAGUGGCAACCUCCGGAUGGCUGUCAUGCUUCCUGAGGGGGAAGAUCUAAAUGAAUGGGUUGCAGUUAACACUGUGGAUUUCUUCAAUCAGAUCAACAUGCUUUAUGGAACCAUCACAGACUUCUGUACAGAAGAAAGUUGUCCAGUGAUGUCAGCUGGCCCAAAAUAUGAAUAUCAUUGGGCAGAUGGAACAAACAUCAAGAAACCUAUUAAGUGCUCUGCACCAAAGUAUAUCGAUUACUUGAUGACCUGGGUUCAGGACCAGUUGGAUGAUGAGACGUUAUUUCCAUCAAAAAUUGGUGUCCCGUUCCCAAAGAAUUUCAUGUCUGUGGCAAAAACUAUACUCAAACGCCUAUUUAGGGUUUAUGCUCACAUUUAUCAUCAGCAUUUUGACCCUGUGAUCCAACUUCAGGAGGAAGCACAUCUAAAUACAUCUUUCAAGCACUUUAUUUUUUUUGUCCAGGAAUUCAACCUUAUUGAUAGAAGAGAACUUGCACCACUCCAAGAACUGAUUGAAAAACUCACCUCAAAGGACAGAUAAAAGGAUGUAGAGCUGUGCAAAUUGUUCCUCAAAUGAAGCAGUGUGGAGCGUGUUGGGGUUUUUGUUAUAUUUUGUUUUUAUCUGGAUUAUUUUUGUCCUAGGUUUGGGGGGACUUGUUUGGGUUCCUUUUUCUUUAUUCUGAUUGUAUAAAACCAUAUUCUAUUCCUAGGAGAAGCUAAGAACCAUUCUCUAUACAUUUGAUAAGAGUAAAUUUAUCUUAGUGUUUUUAAACAUGGUUUUGGUUAUUUGAGGAGUUUUUAAAUAAUAUUGUGUGCUGCAAGAAAGUGCUGAUUGAUUGAACUGCUGAUGGAUUGGUUUCUGUGUGGUAUAAAUUGUGGCCCAUUUUUGAAGUCCCCAAAAGACUUAUGUUUUAAAGUGCCUUGGCAGGCUCACUUCUGAGGUGCAAAGCAUAGAUAUAGAACUGAACAGGGCUUAAAACAAUAUUAGGAUUACUACCCAGGGCACUUACUGGUGCAUGUUGUAAAAUAUCUGUGAUAAAAGCCAUAGUUUACCUAAAAUGGUGAUCUCCAGCCUUUACUGCUUUGAAGAAACAGAAUUUGUAAAGGUGUGCAUGUAGAACAUAAAAAAUAUUUCUUAAUUAUUUUUGAUAUUGAUGGUAAUAUAUUAUGUUCAACAAUGCUUAAAGCUCUACAAGCAGGUCUUUUCCCACCUCUUGAUAUCUGUGAUAUUGAAACUUGAGGAUAUUUAAAUGUAUUACAUUUUGGCUUCUUUCUACAUGUUAACUGCACUGUAGUUGUAAAAAUUCAGGUUAUAUAUAGGAUUGCCAUCUUCAGAGGUGAUGCUGAACUGUGAGGUUUCCUAGCAAUUGCCAAACGAGCCAUAAGUCUGCACAAUUCCCGUCUGCCUUGAAGAGGAGGGGAUAGGAAUGUGUAUUUUUGGCUGAGGGUAUGGAGAUGUUACUCUGUAUGGGGAGUUAAGUUCUGGAAAGUUUUGUCCGAAAACCUUUGAAUAGAGUGGCAUGAAGAUUUUAAUCAAUUACUUAUAAACAAAGUCUUAGAGACUUCCUUUUAGGAAUCAACUUCCAUGAGAAGUUAAAAAUAAAUUAUUAUUUUAGGUACAGACAUUAAACAUGGAAUUUAAGGACUGUUUGAGGAAAUUGAUCACUUCUUAGCAUUUCCAUUCAGUGAAUGGAGCUGGUGUUUCCCUGUCAUUUUAAGAUGAUACCGUAUCUUCUUUGCUUAUUAUAGGCCCAGUUUGAAGCAUUCUGACUUCUGUUUUUUCCACUGUGAAAGGAAAUGUUUUUCUUUGCAGUGAUACCAGAUAAUGAAAAAUGCUAAUUCAGUAGUUACUAAAUUUUAUUUGCCAUGAUCUUCUAGUAAAUUAUUACCAUAAAUAACAAGUUCAGAGCUUAGUUUUUAGAAUAUUUUUUUCCACUUCAGUUUUGUUCUCGAGAAAUACCCUUUUCAGAAAUCCAGUUUUAGUGUUGUCAUUUCCAAUAAAUCUUCUUUCUUCAGUAGAAAUAUAUACCCUUUCUUUAGUAGAAACAUAGACCUUUUUCCUUCUAGGAAGAAAUGCUUGCUCUGAAAUAGCAUAGAUUAAAAACACUUAGUAGAGAAUCUAAAAUUAAAUCAGUUUGUUUUGCCGUUAACAAGUAGAGCAGAAAAUGUAUUGCCAUUACAAUUAUGUUGACUAGGAACUGCCUUUUUCUCUACUUCAUUUCUAGCAAUUAUUCACCAAGUAGUACCAACAGUAGAAAUAACAGGAGAGCAUGGCAGAGUUAGAUAUAUUAGACAUUUAUUGGUAAAGCUUAUUUAUAAGCUGCAGUGAGAGCUAAUUUCCUCAAGACAAAUCUUUUUGUAUUCAGAUAGAUAAUAUGAAUCAUUAUGGGUUGAUUCAGAAAUAAAAUUUGUGAGGUGAUUUUGAGUAUUGUCUAUAUAGGCAAAUGAAGCACAGAAUUACUCAGUCUUCCAUAUUGUAUUUGACUUCAUAUCAGUCUAGCAACAAAGGAGUUGCAGUAGCCAAGUAUAGAGAGAGUAGUGAAAAAUUAAUCUUGCCCUUUCAAGCCUUAUACAGCAGUACACUGUAAAAAUGGGAAAAUAUCUCCAUAAAUUGAUUUUAGUAGUAAGACCUACUCUCCUCUAUAUGUAGAAAGAAGUUUGUUUUCACUGUGCCAGAAUCUCAGGUGCCUGCUUCAGAAUAUUUCUUUAAUCACAGUCAUUGGGAAAUAAAGAGAUGUGUAUAUAUGGUAACAAAGCAUAGCAGUUCUCUAGGGGAGGGGCCUGGCAUUGCACUGGUGUUACAUGGCUACAAGUAAAGAAAAAUCAGAAAGUGAAAGAACUGAUAUAAUAAAAAGUUGAUUUGAUUUGGUUGGUUCCCGUGAAAGUUAGUAAGAUGCCCUUUCCACCCCUCCCCGAGAUGGAGUCUCAGACUGUUGCCCAGGCUGUAGUGCAGUGGCAUGAUCUCGGCUCACUGCAGUCUCUGCUUCCUGGGUUCAAGCAAUUCUUCUGCCUCAGUCUCCCAAGUAGCUGGGACUAUGCGCAUGCACCACCACGCCCAGCUGAUUUUUUUUGCAUUUUUAGUAGAGACGGGGUUUCACCAUGUUGGCCAGGAUGGUCUCGAUCUUCUGACCUUUUGAUCCACCCGUCUUAUCCUCCCAAAGUGUUGGGAUUAUAGGCAUGAGCCACCACGCCUGGCCAAUGCCCUUUUAAAUGUAAGAAUCAAUGCUUUGUUCUGCAGCAAAGUUUGCUGAUAAAUGUCUAUUGGAUUCUUUUCGGAUUUUAAUUAAUUUGUAAGUAACCAAGAUAAUUAUUUUCCCCCUUGCUCUUUAUAUUAAUACAUAACUAUAAAGCAAAAGUCAGUUUUCUUAUCCUUUGAUAAAAGCAUCCCAUAAAAUAUAAAGUAGUAAGUUAACAUAUUAUUAUUAGUCACAGUGCUUUUUUUUGGUUAAAUGUUGAUAUGAAGCAAUGUUUUGGAAUGACUUUAAAUGAUGGAGUAGUGGUGGUAGAGAGAAAUUAAUCACAAAAAGAGUGAAAAUCUUUUAAUUAGCAGUAGAUGGUGCUGCUGGCUUUCAUUUGCAGACUUGAUUAUUCCCUUUAUGGCAUUAGACUGCACUAAACAACAAGCAUGCGUUAGUUGCUGGUAGAGGUUUUGGAGGUUAAUUUACCUUAAGUUGUAAGAUUUUAAAUUGCUGCCUCUUUCUACCUUCCCAAUGUUAGUCAUUUGUAAAUUCUAAAUGGUCACCCUAAAAUGUAUUAGGUAGGAGCAGAUAUGUUUUGUGUAUAAUAUAUCUCAGAUGGAGUUACUACCUGGCUUAUCAGGAUGGAUAAAACACUACAAUCUCUUAUCAGGAAAUAGAGAUGAUGUGGAUAUUUAUAUAUUACAUAUAUAAUCACCAGACUCCAUUUUAUGUCUUUUCCUUGCUUAUGGGAAAAUAGCAAAACAACAUUUCAUUUAUACUUUUGUCUACCCCUCUCUGAGAGAGGUUUUGAUAACCACUGAAAUGGUAGAAUAUGUGAGAUACAAAUAUUGAGUUGUAGAACUUUCUUUUUAAAAUGAAUAAGUCAUGCCUUAACAUCUAAAUGAGAGUUGAUCUUCAAAGUGGUUCUUUUGAGAGCACUAUUUAUUCCAGCUAUAUUGCAAAAGGCUAAUAUUUUUUGAACUCUUCUAGAGGAUGCCAUAAGAAUCAGUUUGUGAUUAUGCAGGAAAAUCAAUUUCAUCAUUUUAAUUGUACCAAAAACUUUUGGCAGCUUAAUAUGACUUUUUUCUUUCUUUCUUUUUUGAGACGGAGUCUUACUCUGUUGCCUGAGCUGGAGUGCAGUGGCAUGAUCUCAGCUUACUGCAACCUCUGUCUCCUGGGUUCCAGCAAAAUUCUCCCUCCUGAGACUCCCAGGUAGCUGGCAUUAUAGGAAUGCACCACCAUACCCGCCUAAUUUUUGUAUUUUUAGUAGAGAUGGGAUUUUACCAUGUUGGCCAGGCUGGUCUCAAAAUUAUGACCUCAAGUGAUCUGCCCUCCCCAGCCUCCCAAACUGCAAGGAUUACAGGCAUGAGCCACUGCGGCCAGACAAUAUGCUCUAUCUUAAUCAUCAGCUCAACUGUAAUUUAAACUUGGCUGUUCUCUGAGAACUCAACCAUUAGGGAAGUUCAAAGGAAAGUGCCAUAAGUUCUGAAUUUGCACAAGAGAAUGUUUUAAGCCUUGGUAACAUCAUUGAAUAAAAGAAUAGUUUUCUGAUGUCACUUUUUUGAAGUGGAAAAUAUCACUUGAAUGUAGAGGUUUUACUUUUUAAAAAAAAUCAGUUUAAUUACCUUAAUUACCUUAGUUAGAUAUGUUAAUAAUCGAAAAAACUAAGUCCUUUCUCUAGAACUUUUCUCUUUUUGUUCCUUUUCCUGAAAACUUUCAAUUUAAUUUUGACUACUGUAGGAUAGUAUUGAUUGAAUGGAUACUAUGGAAAAAUGGAUCCAAUAUUUAAGAUAGAAGUAGUUUAAGGAAACAACAGCCUUUACUGCCAUUUUUUAAAAAAUGUUUUCACUCAGAUGAACAGUUGGUCUUUAAUGAAAUACUGGAGAUUAUUAUACAAAGAAAUUGGAGUAAGUUUCAUACGCUAAUUAUGGAGUAAAUUUCAUAUGCUGAGUUUUAAGCCUACAUAUCAUAAAAUAUUUGGAAUUAUAUAACCUUUUCAUAGAUUUAUAAUUUUUAAUGUCUUUUUAAAAGAUGUGGAACCAAAAGCAUAUUUAUAAUUUGGAAAUGUGACUGCAUACCAAACCUUAUUUUGAAAUUUAUCUGAGGUAUUGAAAAAUAUGCCAAUUCUUAAAAACACAGAUUUAUCGUUUAAGCUUAUUCUGCAAUUUAUCUGGGAUUUUAAAGAAUAUAUACCAGUUCUUAGAAACACAGAUUUAUACUUUAAGGACUACUCUUAAGUAAUUUAAAUAUCAGAGUUUUAUUGUAAUAUUAAAAUUUACCAUAGACGUCACUGUUGUUCAGCUAUCAGCUUAAUUGUGUAUGAUAUGAUAAAUGUUUAGCACUAAAGCUAUCUUAAGAUUUAAUGGAAAAGUUUAAUUUCAAGAUGUAACAAAAAUUCUGACCGCAGAUGAUUUUGAAUUUUUAAGGCUUUCCUAAUAAGCUAAUCACAGAGAAUAAUUCAUUUUGAAGGUAUAAAACUACAUUCUAUGUCUGUCACUUGUAGCUGAACUGAUUCACAUUUUGACAAAACAGAGAAAAUACAAAUUAGAAUGUUGAGUACCAGCAGUUUUGCAAAUGUAGUACAACUUUCUUUUUCUGCAUAUAGAACUAAAUAAUUGGAAACUUUGGGCUACCGUUUUCCAAGGUAGAUACUAAAAUCACUGGCUCUUUCCAGCAGUAUGUUUUUCACUGUGAGUGUACACACACACACACACACACACACACACACACACACACACACACAGGAAAAUAAUUAGGCUGAUUUUUCAGAUCUUCAUUGUUAGAGAUUCUGAAGUAUUUACUGUCAGUUCAUAGGUUUCAGUUUGUUUAGGUUGACAGCUUUCUUUAAAUUAUUUCACUGAAGCUGAGAUUAUUAGUGAUACAAAGUUAAAAUUUCAGUAUUUAAUUUCUCCUUCACAUAUUAUUAAUAUUAAAUUGUUUUUUAUUUUGUAAAUUAAUGUUCUCAUCUGAAUUAAUAUUAAAUUUGUAUAGAUGGGUGUUUCUUACAGUUUUAUAUGUUUUAAUUUUUAUUUUUCUGAAAUAAUUGUGCAGAUUGUAAAAAAGAUUAGUGCAUUUUCAUUUUAAGGAUGCUUUGCUCCUUAAAUUGUUUGGCAGAAAUGACUGGUUUUAGGGAAAACAGCUUUUUUUACAGCCACUAACUUGUAUUUGUUAUUAUUGUACAUGCAUAACCAGAGUGGUACAAUCUUGUAAGGAACACUUACUUGAUGUUUUAUUUGAACUUUUCCUAUAAAUUUAAGUUACUACAAUUACCAUUAGGAACAGUGUCAUGAAAUCUUGGUUGAAAGAGAAUACAAUAUAUGUGAGAACACUUAAAGUUCAAAUAGAAAUCAUUUCUGAAAGCAGAAGCAGAGGAAUAUUGUCGUUGCCAAGUAAUGGAAGAAUAAGGGCAGCAUUUACACUGUGCAAGUAUUGAGGAGAGUGCAUAAAGACAGGGAUCUACUCUCAUGGAGAUAAGACAGUUUCUUACAAUCAAGUAGCUAGAGGGGGAAAAAAGAUAUGAAAUUCAACAUAGGCAUUAUAAACUAUGCCAGAUUAUGCAAAUUGUAGUUGUUAUUGAUCAAAGUUUAAUUGCUUCGUCAUUUUGGUUAAAAAGGGAUACUGAAUGUCAAAAAAUCUGUAAUAUGUUUUAUUUGAGAGAUGUAAAUAAUGUAUACAGACUUGUAUGUGAUAGGAUGGGAAAUAUUUAAAUUCUAGGUGUUUUUUUUUUUAAGGAAGAAACUCAAUGUUUAUAAGAAAAAAACUGAAUAAAUAGUUAUGUUUGGCCACGAA